AUGAAAGGAACAACCAUAAUCUCGGUGAUCGUCUCUCUCUUGUUCGCGUUGGUUACAACUACUGAAGCAUUUGAUCCAGUGUUAGAUUAUGGUACGGGUAAACAGAUUCACAGGCAAGAUGGGUUGGGAGCACGGCCAUCACGCGUCGUUCAACUUGUUCCGGUAAGAGCACCGGACCGGAAUGGUGAAUUUGUGAAAACAGAAGUCAAAUGUCGCGUUCGGUUCAAUGAUUCUACAAAUUAUUGGAAUGAUUUAGCAGAUUCUUACAGAAUAACCGAAACGGACAUUGCACCCCUAGACGGAGGUGCAUUCAAGUUCGAAGAAACCAACAAGAAACGUGUUUAUAGGAUGGUUUACCGUUUUUUAAAUUCCGAUUUUUAUGAAGUUGGUAUGCAGGUCAAGACUCGGAAUAACGAGGAUAAAUAUUACUUGGCUACAGACAGAAAACGAAAAGAGCUCCGUCUCAUUAACGAAGAGACCUUGAACCAAGUCCGCUUCACGUUCGAAAAGCUUUGA